CACGAUCCUUACAAGUGUCACAUGAUGAUCAUGGGAAGCUGAGGAAGAAUAACAGUGUACAGUGAGGCAGCCACAACUGAAAUUAAUGAAAUAAUUCAGCGGAAGUCAGGGCACCGAGCUACCGGGGGCCACUAUGGCCAACAUCACGAAGAAAGUGUCGUGGUCCAGCCGGGCCGACGAGUCCGGGGUCACGGCGGAGGGAACCCCGCUGCUGAACGGCUCCGAGCAGCCCCGACCCUCCAGACAGCUGUCGAGAGACGGUAUAUUUCAGGUAGGCAGACUGAGCACGGUGGAUUUGGAGGAGGAGAUGACGUCUGAAGAGGAAUCUCUGAGAGGGCGGCCUAAAGAGAUCCCUCAUAAUGAGAAGCUGCUGUCACUUAAAUUUGAGAGUCUGGACUAUGAUAACAUUGAGAACCAGCUGUUUCUGGAGGAGGAGAGGAGGAUGAGUUACAUGGGUUUCCGCUGUCUGGAAAUCAGUCGCUGGGUGGUUUGUGGUCUGAUCGGCUUCCUGACCGGCCUCAUCGCCUGCUUUAUCGACAUUGCGGUGGAGGAACUUGCUGGGAUGAAAUACCGAGUGGUCAAAGAGAACAUAGAUAAUUUCACAGAGGUUGGCGGCCUGUCGAUCUCCCUCAUCCUCUGGGCCGUCCUCAACUCCGCCAUCGUCAUGAUGGGGGCCAUCCUCGUUGCAUUUUUCGAGCCCAUAGCAGCAGGAAGUGGGAUCCCUCAGAUAAAAUGUUACCUCAAUGGAGUCAAGAUUCCUAGGGUGGUACGACUCAAGACCCUGGUGGUGAAAGUGUGCGGUGUUAUCUGUUCAGUGGUUGGCGGUCUUGCUGUCGGAAAGGAAGGACCCAUGAUUCACUCUGGUGCUGUUGUAGCUGCAGGAGUCUCACAGGGCAGGAGCACCUCUUUAAAGAGAGACUUCAAGAUCUUUGAAUACUUCCGGAGAGACACUGAGAAAAGAGACUUUGUUUCUGCUGGAGCUGCUGCCGGUGUUUCAGCUGCUUUUGGAGCUCCAGUCGGCGGCGUCCUGUUCUCUCUGGAGGAGGGAGCUUCUUUCUGGAACCAGAUGCUGACCUGGAGGAUAUUCUUCGCUUCCAUGAUCUCCACCUUCACCCUGAACUUCUUCCUCAGUUUCUACCACAACAAACCAGGAGACCUCUCCAACCCGGGUCUCAUCAACUUCGGGCGCUUUGAGAGCGAUAGUGGGGCCUAUAACCUCUAUGAGAUUCCCCUGUUCAUCGCUAUGGGAGCUUUUGGUGGAUUGUUAGGCGCUCUGUUCAACAAACUGAACUACUGGCUGACCAUCUUCAGGAUCAGGUAUGUUCAUCGGCCGUGUUUACAAGUGAUGGAGGCCAUGUUGGUUGCUGCAGUAACCGCGGCCGUGUCGUUCACCAUGAUCUACUUCUCCAAUGACUGUCAGCCUCUGGGGUCCGAGAACAAAGAGAAGUACCCACUGCAGUUGUUCUGUGCAGAUGGAGAGUACAACUCCAUGGCAACAAUCUUCUUCAACACUCCUGAGAUAAGCGUCCGCAGCCUCUUCCACACACAAGCAGGGACCUACGAUCCGUUGACCCUGAGUUUGUUCACCAUCACUUAUUUCUUCCUGGCGUGUUGGACGUACGGCCUGGCGGUGUCUGCGGGGGUCUUCAUCCCCGCUCUGCUGAUAGGAGCCGCCUGGGGGAGACUGUUCGGCAUCCUGCUGGCCUCCAUCACCCCCAAUGGCUCGAUCUGGGCGGACCCUGGUAAAUAUGCUCUGAUUGGAGCCGCAGCUCAGUUAGGUGGCGUAGUGAGGAUGACUCUCAGUUUGACCGUCAUCAUGAUGGAGGCGACAGGAAACGUUACGUACGGUCUUCCUAUCAUGCUCGUCCUCAUGACUGCCAAGAUAGUAGGGGACUAUUUUGUGGAGGGUCUGUAUGAUAUCCACAUCAAACUGCAGAGCGUCCCCUUCCUGCACUGGGACGCUCCCGCCACCUCCCAUUGGUUAACAGCCAGAGAGGUGAUGAGUGCCCCGGUCACCUGUCUGAACAGGAUAGAGAAAGUGGGGACCAUCGUGGACGUCCUUAGCAACACGUCCACCAAUCACAACGGAUUCCCGGUCGUCAUGCAGGGCGCUGAUAGUGACGAGCCGUCGAAGCUCUGCGGCCUCAUCCUCCGCUCUCAGCUCAUCGUUCUUCUCAAGCACAAGGUGUUUGUGGAGCUGGCUCGCUCCCGGCUGACUCAGAGGAAGCUCCAGCUGAAGGACUUCAGGGACGCUUACCCCCGCUUCCCCCCCAUCCAGAGCAUCCACGUGUCCCAGGACGAGAGGGAGUGCAUGAUGGACCUCACCGAGUUCAUGAACGCAACGCCUUACACUGUGCCACUGGAAACUUCUCUUCCUCGUGUGUUUAAGCUGUUCAGAGCGCUGGGACUCAGACACCUGGUGGUAGCGGAUGAUGUGAACAGGGUGGUCGGUCUGGUGACUAGGAAAGAUUUGGCCAGAUAUCACCUGGGUAGUCACGGACUGGAGGAGCUUCAGCUGGCCCAGACAUAGUACACACACACACACACACACACACACACACACACACACACACACACACACACACACACACACACACACACACACACACACACACACACAUCUAUGAACUAUGACCACCUGAUGCCUCCUCAGCUGCUAUGCAGGACACUAUCCACGGCCGAGAGGUGUCCGUUGCUUCCUGAAGCCGAAAUGUUCACCAUGACAAAACAUGAAGUGUUAAAAAAAAGACACACUUAAAUGUAAAACUAGUAUAACAAUUGGAUAAAGAAUAACAGCCCCUUAUGAACGGAUUCGCUCCGUUAAAUCCAUUUGAAAUGAUUUGCUUUCAACAGAAUACUAGAUAUUCGUCUCUGAGACAUGAAAUGAACCCUAAGAACGGGAGCUUUGGUACCCUUGGUAUUUUUUUCUUUCAGGUUUUUGCAAAUAAUGUCUAAUGGAUGGAAAAGAAAAACAUGUUUGCCUUAUCUGAGGAUUUGUAUUUCAAUUAUAGUAUUCACAGACCUCUUUAAAGACAUUUUACGUACAUGGUUAAGUUAAAAUCCCUCAGCUUCAUUUAAAGAGGAAAAGAUCCGCACAUGUCCCUCAGUGUGUCCUUUGUGUUGUUCUGAUAUCACUUCACAUAUCAAUCAGUUAUAACAUUGAUUAUUUAAAUUUUUUGGAUUGCUUUGAAAACAUGAUUUUGAGCAAGGGUUCAUCGUAUAAUAACCGACCAUUUACGGUCUUCUUUGGCGAUGCAGGAAACGUUUUUAUUUUCGGCUAUUGUGUAGUUUUGCACUGAGCGAAUGCUGUUAUUUAUUGUUAAUGUAUUUUAAGUGUGUGAUUUGGGCUCACCUAUGUCCAGUCACAUAUCCCAAGACACCUUUAAUAAAACAUAAUGGUCACCUAUUUAUUUUGGAAACGUGUCAUUGGAGAGAAACUGGAGAUACAGAUCUCUCCUUCUGUCAGCUUUACUGAGCAUAUAUUUUGUACUACUGUCAGUGAAACGGACUGAAACUCUUAGGUUACCAUCUUCUUUUUUCAGAAAACCUCAAAAUGUUUGCACUCUGUUCUACCACUGAAAAGAAAGUGUCACUCAUGAACUCCAAAUGAAUGUAAACCGUUGUUUAUCACAUGACUUCUGUUUAAACCAAUUAAUUUACACAAUAAAAAAAACUCAGAUUUAACAUUAUUUAAAAUUGUCAAUUUGUAAAUCCAACAUGUUUUCAAAUAUCAGUGUUAUUUUGUUUUCUCCCUCGGGUUUUACCCUUAGAUUUGGUCUCCUUUUGUCUUUGUACAGUUCUAGAUGUUAAAAUAUGGACCAUGCUCUAUUUCAUAACUACUGGAUAAGCCUUUUGUGAAUUAAUAAAGUUGAAAUCUAUCUAUUGUCAUUUUA